AUGAGUGAUAUCACUAAAGGAACCCAAACUAGAUCUCAGCUCAGGAACUUCUAUGCAUUCUAUGCUUUUCUAUCCUCCAUGGAACCUAAGAACUAUGUUGAAGCUUUAACUGAUGCUUACUGGAUUAAUGCUAUGCAAGAUGAGCUAAAUGAGUUUGAAAGAAAUGAAGUUUGGCAUUUGGAACCUAGACCUGUUGAUCAAAAGACAAUUGGACUGAAAUGGGUAUUUAGGAACAAACAAGGUGAGCAUGGUAUUAUUGUCAGAAACACAGCAAGACUGGUUGUACAAUAUUUUAGGCAAUAUGAAGGAAUUGACUAUGAAGAAACAUUUGCACCAUUAGCCAGGUUAGAGGUUAUUCGCUUACUUAUUGUUUUUGCUGCUUAUAUGGAAUUUAGGUUGUACUAG